CUGGGGGAUUUCAAAUUUUGUUGCACAAAUGUCAAGGAUCAACUGAUUACAUUUUGGUGGUUCAAGGUCACUGUGACCUUGCAUAUCAUGUUCAUUUAGUAAUUAACUCGAGUAUUAACUUGCUAAUUAUGGCAACUUCAAAACAAAUAUCUAUAAGGAUUAAAAUCAAAAGUGAUGACAUUGAUUUACUUAUCGGGAAUACAACCACGAGGCAGUAGUAAAUUGUAGAUUCGGACUAACAGACUUCCUGUCAACAAUAAUGAUAUUUUUAAGAAUUGUAAUCUUAUCUAUAAGAUCGGUUUCUUAACCUCUGUUUUAGCAGUGAAAUCGUCGAUAGGAGAGUAUAUAAGUCUCAUUAUUUAGAGUGUCUACACGGUUUGAAUGGUUAUUGAUAUAAAUUAUAAUUAAGUAAAAUAUUUCCAGGAUGGUUAGGGGACUGAAAUAAGUCGACUUGAAUCCCCUUUAUCGGCCAAGCUCCAAAAUAAUGGGUCUAAAAUCUCCCAUGAUGCAAUUCAAUUGUUUAUAUCAUUAGCUCCCCUUGCUUUCUAAAACUCCAGAGACUCAGAUAGCUUAGUUCACUGCUUGAGGCUCCUCGUGAUAAGCAAAAAGUAGUUGUGUAAAUCAGCAGUGUCUGUUUGAGCAUUGUUUGGAAAUGAAAACACUUCCUGAGGCUCACAAUGAAUAAAAGCAGUUCUCCUGCCCAGUGUAAAUAUGACAUAUUGUAUAACUGCGCACCAGUUGGUCCCUUUAAACACACCCCUCGCCCUUCGCUCUGCCCCGGUGAUAUUUGUGAGCAGAGUGCAGCUAAACUUAGCCGUCUGACAGUAGCCCUCCUCAUCACAACAGACUGUUCACAGCACUGGGUUACAAUGGACGGUGUCGUGUUACCACAGAUGCUGCUGUAUCUCACCACUGUCGCCGGCCAAACAAGGUGAGUGUGUGCCCCAGAUCCUUGGCUGUGACAAUAAUCUGGUAAUUGGUUUACUUUGUUAACUAAUAAAUGUACAGUAUAACCUGUCACUGCUCCUCGCUGUGCGUUGGUUCCAGCAUGUGUUGCACAUUUGUUCCCUGCUGUGGCAUGAGAGGGAGAGGGGCAGCUGCCACCAGUGAACCCAUGUUUAGUGUCCCUUAUUUAGAACUAAGAUUAAUGAUUCAACUGAAGUUUAUUUUAUGAAUUGAUUAUAUUUUAACAAAUGGAAUUACUUUUUUGUCCUAAUGAAUUUCAAUUUCUUAGCAUGAUAUGAGAAUGCAUUGAGUUUCUGUGAAUGUUUUCCCUACUGAUUUGCUCCAAUCUGUCAUUUGUAGAUGUAGACUUAAAGACUCUUGCACUUGUAUUCCUCUCUCUCACGAUGGGCAACUAUAGCUCUGCCCUCAUUCCUGUCACGGAAGAGUUUGACUCAGUGGUGUCGAUGGCAGAGAGGCUGAAUGAGCAGGUAGCACUCAUGAUGGAGGAGGAAGAAAAACAAAAGCAGAGCCAAGAAAUUGAUUCUUCAUCACUUCAAGAAAACUCUCAGGAAAUGAGCCAAAAUGGGCCUUCCCUUCCUGCAGCAACACCCAAAAGUGUGUCUACCCAGUCCUUCACCUCCCUGUUACCAAAGGCUCUCUCUGCUGUACUCUAUCCGACGGGCCGUAGCUCCGACCCCCAGCAGAGCAGAAGUCCAGCGAGCCUGGAGCAAGUGCAGAGCGAGCUGAGAGAGCUGAGGGACCAGUUUCAACUGAUGAAGAGACAGCACAACAAAGAAAUUAAACUGCUAAUGAGCGAGCUCGAUGAAGAGAAGAGGAUUCGCUUGACUAUACAGAUGGAGAUGCAACGUAUGAAGAAGCACAUGUCUAAAUGAGCGGAGAACUUCACCUUCAUCAAAGACGAGUUAUAAAGGUCCCGUUGUACACAUAUCUGAUAAAUGAUAUUUUUCUAUGUUUGAAAAACUCCUUGCUCUUUUUCGUUGAAAAAUAUUAUUAUUCUUUUUGUAUUACUUCUCUUCGGUGGUCAUUUUAUUCAACUUUUUUGUUGAACUGGCCUGAAGGACUUUUUAUUGAGUAAUUGCCUAAAGUUCACAGUGAGAGCAGACUUGAGGUGAGAGGAGUGUCUGUUAUUAUAUCUCUGGAAAUGAGCAGUGCACGGCCCUGGGAUACAUUCAGUUUGAUUUAUUUACUUCUUUUAAUGACUAGUGUGUUGAGGAGGUAAAGAAAUGUGUCUCCUAUGACUGUUGGCCUGAAAGUGUUGAUAAUCAGUGUUCAAUUGGUUGCAAUAUUGUUUGUUACAACCGUGUGGAAAACAGAGAGGGGAACAUAAAAUGAGUGCCAGUAGUACAUUAAAUAUAUCUUAUAAAAUGUAAAGGAGACACAAACACAAAGCUUCUAUUGUAUAUAAGGUGCAUGUAAUUAAUAAAUAACUUUUGACUGAAGUCAUUGAAUAGUGUUGUGUAUUUGUAAAUUCAAUAAACAUGUUAACUUGACAAUUUAUUA